CGUCAUUCCAGAGGUUGCCGUACGUGCAGACGCCCCCUGUUUGGGUUAGCUAGCUGGGUUUAAAAAUGUCUCUCAACAGAAGAAUGAAGAGACAGAAGUCAUAGCAAAACCUUUAAUGAAGUUACAAAGAAGGCGAGAGCGUGUGUGUCCUGGGAAAGAAUUGAGCAGAUCACCUUUAACAUGAGUAAGAAACCCCCUAACAGGCCUGGCAUUACAUUUGAAGUUGGAGCCCGAGUGGAAGCUCAGGACUAUUUGCAAAAAUGGUAUCCUUCACGUAUAGAGAAGAUUGACUACGAUGAAGGGAAAAUGCUUGUCCAUUUUGACCGUUGGAGCCAUCGAUAUGACGAGUGGAUUUUAUGGGACAGCAACAGACUACGUCCUCUAGACCGACCCACACUGCGUAAAGAGGGACUGAAAGAAGAGGAAGACAUGGCUGUAUGUCUGAAUAUUGAGAGACACGGUGAGAUGAGAUCAUCUCGCCUGCGUGAGCUUCCUGGAUGUACAGAGAACACAGAGGACCAUAAAGACUUGCCACAACAGAGACAAUUACAGGACCUGAAAGAUGGCGAAGAAGUUCUUGCUCGAUGGACAGACUGCCGGUAUUAUCCUGCCAAGAUCGAAAGUGUCAACAAAGAGGGUACCUACACGGUUCAGUUUUAUGAUGGGGUGAUUCGCUGUGUGAAGCGAAUCCAUAUUAAAUCUAUGCCAGAUGAUGCCAAAGGACAACAGGAUUGGAUUGCCCUUGUGAAGGCAGCCACAGCUGCUGCCAAAAGCAAAGGAGGCUGUCGACCUCGCACCAGUGCCAACAGUAACAAAGACAGAGAUGACCGAGCAGAGCCCAGGCUCGAUGAACUCAACGAUGAGGACAACAAUGCCGACUCUGACAGGCUUGGCUCUUCUGAUGAGGAAGACUGUAAGCCAUCUUCUGAGGAGCUUGAAAUGGCUAAAAGAAAAAGGAGGAGCAGCAGACAAGGCAGUUGCAGCAAUGUGAAAAGAGCUCGCCUCAACAAAACAGCAGGUUGUGCCAAAAAUGAGAGUGACUGCAGAGAAGAGCUUCCCAUGGCAUCACAGGCCGGUCCAGCAGAUGAAACUUGCCUUGGUGAGGAGCCAUUACAGUCUGCUGUAACCCAAAGACAUCCUGCAUGUGUCCCCAGCACACCCCCAGGACCCUCUCGCUCUUGUAGACUAAAGCAUGAUUCUGGAGAGUCGAGCAUCAGCAGCUUAAGCACAAGCACAGCAGCAGAGUCUAAACCCUCACCUAGUUCCAUUCAUACCCUCUCAGAUGGACACACAGCCACUUCAAACUCUCCUCAGAAGCGUAGAAGAUCUCAGCGCCUCGCAACUUCCUUAGAUUCAACCUGCCCACCCUCACCACCCAGCCGGGAUUCCAAUCCCAACACACCACAACCUGAUAGUAGUCAGAGAACAGAAGCUGGCAACAGUUGCAUGAUAAAAGCUGAACCCUCUUUAAGCAAACCCGUAACUAGUACUCCUCCGCCUUUUGUUCCUGCUCCUGCAACUGCUCAAUCUGUCUUGACUGAGAAGGAAGGAAUGACAGCCAUGUUGCUCGUCAAUCAUACGUUAGUGGCAGAGAGAUUGCCAAAUGUUGUAGCAGCUACUGGUCCAAAAACUGCUUCAAGGACCCAAAAACCCAACAAGCACGCCAGAGAGCCCAUAAUAAAUACCAAGCGAUCUGAUGACCCCAUGUCUCCUAACGAGUCUCUGGUUGACCUCGACCACAAUAAGUUCAAGUGUCAAAUUCCAGGCUGCUCUAAAGCCUUUCGGAAAGCUAAGCUGCUGGAUUACCAUCUGAAGUAUUACCACAACAAUGAUAAAGAGCUGGAGAGUGAAUUAUGCUCACCUGAAAGAGGAGGUCAUGCCAGAGCCACAUCUACUUCUGUACCCACAAGCAGCCUAGUGGAGAUACCAGACAGCAAAAGGCGAAGGACAGUGUCCACAUCCUCCUCUCUGUCUUCUCAGGGCCACAUGCUACAGCUGGACUGUGCUGGCUCUUGUUUGAAGCCUCCAAAGUUUUGUAGGAAGAAACACUCCUCUGCCUCUGUCAGCUCAGACAGCACUGAAGUCUCACUGCCAACUUUACCCAGAGACAAGACUUUUGAGAAUUUUAAUGACAGGAUUCUGAAGAGGGUCGGUGAGAAGGACAAACACCUGGAUCAAGGACUGUGUAUGAAGUCUGAAAGGAAAUAUAAAAUUGAAGACAAAUGCCAGCUCAUCGGGAAAAAGAGGGAUAAAGAACGCAGAGAUAGAAAAGAAAAAGACCCUUUCAAACUCAAACAGAAGAAAAAGAAAAAGAAGAAGAAGAAAUCCAAGCAGUACUGCUACUCUGAUAUGGAAGAUGUCUCCAUGUCCUACUUGGAGAGAUCAGCGUAUCUCCUUCAUCACUCUGCCUCUAGCUCCUUUUCUAAACACUCAGCCUUCCAGUUUCCUCGUGCCAUUCUGUCAGUCGAUCUCACAGGAGAGAACCUAUCAGACAUUGACUUCUUAGAGGACUCCACCACAGAGUCUCUGCUAUUUAGUGGUGAUGAAUACAACCAAGAUCUGGACUCUCUCACAAUGGAGGAUUUCCAGGAUGAAGAGGAUGACUCUGCAAAUGAGAUUGUCCGUUGCAUCUGUGAAAUGGAUGAAGAGAAUGGCUUCAUGAUUCAGUGUGAGGAGUGUAUGUGCUGGCAGCAUAGUGUGUGUAUGGGACUACUUGAGGACAGCAUACCUGACCAGUAUAUUUGCUACAUCUGUAGAGACCCACCAGGACAGAGAUGUAAUGCCAAAUAUCGUCAUGAAAAAGAUUGGCUAUACAAGGGCCACAUGUACGGCUUAUCUUUACUGACUGAGAACUACUCGCAUCAGAACGCUAAGAAGAUUGUGUCUACCCAUCAGUUACUGGCUGAUGUGUACAGUGUUAAAAAGGUGCUUCAUGGUCUUCAGCUCAAGAUGGACAUCUUACAGAAUAAACACAAUCCCAGUUUGCACUUGUGGGCCCGUUCCUGGGUAAACUCUGAUGAAGACCAGCCUAUGGGCGGAGUUCCAGACUGCAUCAUGUUUCAGCAGCACGUCAACCAGAACUUAAACCCUGACACCUAUAUCACCAGUGAGCACAGCUACCAAAAGCCUUCUAGCAUGGGCCACCAACACAAACAUGAGCAGGGCUUCCAGACUUCCUCGCAGACACUCUCAUUUAUACCAAAGGAAGAGGAGGUUAGCAGUGCUAUCUCAUUGACUGGCUGUGUGAGUGAGAGCAGCUCAGGGCUCGUGGAGCCGGCCAGAAACUGUCUGCAGUGGCAGAUGAACCUCCUUACACACAUUGAAGAUGUUCAGAACCAGGUGGCUGGCCGCAUGGAUCUCAUUGAGAAAGAGCUAGAUGUGUUGGAGAGCUGGUUGGAUUUCACUGGAGAAUUGGAGCCUCCAGACCCUUUGGCCAGACUUCCUCAGCUUAAAUGGCGAAUCAAACAGCUGCUGAUGGACUUGGGGAAAGUGCAGCAGAUGAGCACAAUGUGCUCUGUGUGAGCAUGCUCACAGGUUGGAGACAAACUCUUAAAGGGCUGUGUGUGUUUGUGUAUUUGGGAGGACUUUUAGGGCACAACAGCACAUACCUGCAGAACCUAAUGCACAAUGCAUACUGUUAAACACAGUUAAAGAACAUGUAGACUAUGAUCCUGUGCAAUGGAUGUUUUUUCCACUAAGCAGUAGGAGAAUUGUGUGACAAGCAAGACCUUUGCUUCUAAUAAAGGUAUAAACCAA